AUGGCUAGCAUCAAUCCCCCGCAUCGGCCGCUCCAUGAUGACAACCGCGAAACCGAGCUCCUGCAAUACGUCUUCAACCUCCCCAACCUGGAUGACCUACGGGGCCAGCCGGACAAAAUCCUCGACGCGAUCGACACCUACAGCCAGACACACAAACACCUGAUGAACAUCGGCCCGAAAAAGGGCCAGCUGAUCAGCGACCUGAUCUCCGAGCGCAAACCCUCCACGGUGGUCGAGCUCGGCGGCUACGUCGGCUACUCGGCCAUCAAGUUCGGCGACGCGGUGCGCCGCGCCGGCGGCAAGCGCUAUCUGAGUCUGGAGAUCAACCCCGUCUUCGCGGCCGUGGCCAACAUGCUGAUCGACCUGGCGGGGCUGCGCGAUGUCGUGCGCGUGCUCGUCGCGCCGAGCCAUGUCUCCCUGGCGUGGCUGGUGCGCGAGAAUGUCCUCGACCAUGUCGAGCUGCUGUUCCUCGACCACUGGAAGGAUCGCUAUCUACCGGAUCUGUGGCUGGUGGAGCAGCUGGGGUUGCUGAAACCGGGCGUGUCGGUCCUUGCGGCAGACAACGUGCUCCAGCCAGGGGCGCCAGAGUAUCUAGACUGGGUGCGGGCGAGUCCAGCCGAGAAGCGGGAGAAACUGAAGCAGAAAGCCACUACCGACCUGGGCGGGAUCGACCUAGCGAAAGCGAUCAAAGAGAAGGGCGAGAAAGACCUAGGCGUCGAUCUGGAGAACGUCCCGGGGAACCCGAACCUGGUGUACGAGACGGAGAUUCAUAUUUUCGAGACACGUGAUGGAAAUAAGGACGGCGUGGAAAUCACAAAGGUGGUGGGCGAGGAGAAGAAUUAG